UCGGGCUGGUGUAGCAGAGCGGGGGCGCCUGUGCUCUCCUGCGGCUCUCUUGAGAGAUCAACCCACGGGUCUCCUUUUGCAGCUGACCUGGCGGCUUCUUUGCUCCGCCUAAUAAGGCCCCUUAUGCCUGCAAGUAUUGCAAUCUGAACCAGCCCAGCCGGGGACUCUGAGUGACCAGAGCCCCGCAGACCUCCCCCGUCUCAGCCCCAAGCGCCUCUUCCCGCAUAGCUGAGACUCACAGCAGGGCGACCUGGGAAAGGCUGGCGCUCGGAAGGGAGAAGGGGGCGGAGCGCCUGGGCACCCUGCUCAUGAAUAAUGCCGCUCCCCAACUUUUCGCCCCGCCUCUUUCUCAGGGUUGAGAUUUUUUCGCAAAGUUUGUUUGGGACGGCCCGGGAGUGGAAGCAGGCGCAGCGGCAGGCGCAGGCAGCCUGGAUUGCGAGGAUGUGAGGGCAGAAUCACCCGCGGCCUUCACGCUCCCCUUUGCAACGCGCUGCCAGCGCAGAAGAAGCAACGUCCUGACCUGCCCGCCUCUGCAGCUGGGGGAGGAGGCGCAGAGCGAGCGACAGAACGUUCCCCGGGUCCCCACGUUCGGACUCGGAGCGUCCCGGGCCCCUCGCUCCCUCCCCCUCCUCGCGUGCCUUGCUCCCCGCUGGAAUCCGGACAGCCGCCAGCUCUCUCCCGCUGACAGCCGCCAGGACUCUCCCGUCGCCCUUUAAGGGAGCCCCCCCUCCUCCCAGGGAACUGCAGCAAGUAGCCAAAGUUUCAGGGAAAGUUGCGUAACUUUGCGUGGGGGCCGACGCGGAUGCACUCGAUCGUGCGAGAUACUGAUUUGUCCCUGCUUGUUUUGUUGCGGAGUGUCCGGGCGUUUGGGGGAGGGGGUGAAGUGACGUUUUAUGGGGGGGCUGGUUUGAAGUGACUUUCUCUGCGGCUGAUCGCCCAGGCCCUUGUGGGAGACACUUGGGGGGGACUCCCUGCACCCCUCAUUCUUUGACCGCCCAUCCCCUGGGGAGAGCUGUGGGGGUGCUGCUUGGAUCCCCUCCUUCGCUGUUGACUACCUGCCCCUGGUCGGGACACAGACGCGUUUUGAGGGGAGACCCGAUCGCUGUUCAUUCGUUGGCGAGUUGGUUGCAUUGUUGAGCUAGUGCUGCGGGGCAGAAGAUGAACCCUACACCGGUCCCUCCGCCUCCGCCGCCGGGGCAGCAAGUGAUCCAUGUCACCCAGGACCUGGACACGGAGCUCGAGGCGCUCUUCAACUCGGUCAUGAACCCCAAGCCCAGCUCCUGGCGGAAGAAGAUCCUGCCCGAGUCCUUCUUCAAGGAGCCCGAUUCGGGCUCGCACUCCCGCCAGUCCAGCACUGACUCGGGUAGCCACCCGCCCCGGCUGAGCGCCGCGAAUGCCCAGCAUGUCCGCUCGCACUCCUCGCCAGCCUCCCUGCUAGGCGCCGGGGCCGGGGCCACCCCCAGCCCGGCUCAGCAGCACGCUCACCUCCGCCAGCAGUCCUACGACGUGACCGACGAGCUGCCGCUGCCGCCCGGCUGGGAGAUGGCCCUCACCCACACGGGCCAGAGAUACUUCCUCAAUCAUAUUGAAAAAAUUACAACAUGGCAAGACCCUCGAAAGACCAUGAACCAGACACUGAAUCAUAUGAACCAUCAUCCUGCAGCAACUUCCACACCAGUGCCACAGAGAUCAAUGGCAAUGUCCCAGCCAAAUCUGGUAAUGAAUCAUCAACACCAGCAACAGAUGACACCAAGUACAACCAUGUCCCAGCAGAGCCAUCCUACCCAGAAUCCUCAAGGGGGGUUGUUGAACAUGCCCAAUGCCCUGACAACCCAGCAGCAGCAGCAACAGAAGCUGAGGCUUCAAAGGAUCCAAAUGGAAAGGGAGAGAAUUAGGAUGCGCCAGGAAGAGCUCCUGCGACAGGAAGCUGCACUAUGCAGACAGCUUCCCAUGGAAUCAGAGAAUAUGGCCCCAGUUCAGACUGCUGUGAACACACCUGCCAUGACACAAGACAUGAGGACAAUUACAAAUAAUGGAUCAGAUCCUUUUCUGAACAGUGGGCCAUACCAUUCCAGGGAACAAAGCACAGACAGUGGCCUAGGCUUAGGAUGCUACAGUAUACCAACCACCCCUGAAGAUUUCCUCAGCAAUGUAGAUGAGAUGGAUACAGGAGAAACUGUGGCACAGACUCCCAUGAAUGUAAGUUCGCAACAGACACGUUUCCCUGAUUUCCUCGACUGUCUUCCAGGAACAAAUGUAGAUCUCGGGACAUUAGAGUCAGAAGACCUGAUCCCCAUCCUCAAUGAUGUGGAGUCCGUACUCAAUAAGAGUGAGCCAUUCCUCACUUGGCUGUAAUCAGUAAUCAUUCAGUGUUGAUUCAGCCUGUAAUACAAGCCAACAUGUCCUUUCCCUCUUAAAAUAGAGGCAGAGCAUCUGAAAAUCUUCAGAUAUACACUUGCUGCCCUAAUGACUUGUGAUAUCACCUUUAUGGUCAAUUUAAUCUGUGCCUGACUUUGAUUGACAGUAAUUUAAAUAUAAAAUAUGUAUUUUUUUGUUUUUUCCAAGAACUGCUUCUACCCAUCUGUAGCCUGUGUUUCCUUUACAGAUCAUACAGGAGUAUUUCUUUUUGGGGGGACAGAGGUUACCAGGGUAGCAGAGCAUGGGGUAGAACAAACUCUUCAUGAACCAAACAAGUUGACCACACGUAGGUCGCUUGGUUCAAAAAAAAUCUGCGCAGAAUCAGAUCACAAAGUGCAGCUUCAUAUUUAUGACAGUAGUACCAAAUGCAUUUUUAUCUAUUUAACUUGAGCUUUGAGCUUUAAAAUCAUUGUAUUAUUAGUAAGAUUGUGCAGUAUGGAAUACAGAAUAAUUCUGAUUUCAUAGCCAUAAUGCUAAUCCUUAUUAUAGAUUUGCAAAGGCACAAACUGUACUAUUGCUGUUUAUUUUUCAGUAUAUUACUGUAUAGCUUCCAGAUAAAUACUUCCAAUUUGAAAGUAGCAGAAUUGUGUAGUAACAGUUUUACACUACAAUAAUGUUGUAAACUAGACCAGAUUGGUACUAACUACCACCUUAAAAAGUCAUUAUAAACAUGUCAUUUUUAAAAAAUGCAUCUUAGAUUUUGAUGUUUAUUAAGCACUACAAUUUUAUAACUAAAUACAUAGACAAUUUUUUGUUAAUUUGUGACAACUCUAUCUUUGACAACCACAAAAAUACACUUAAAAAUCAGGACAGGACAGAGUGUCACAACUUGACAAUACCACAUUCAGUUAAAAAAAAAAAGCCUUGUUCUUCCUGUUUUCAGUACUGUUUUAACUGACAGUAUCCAUGAAACUGUACAGGUAACUGAAUACUUGGAAAGAGAUGGUCACCUAAUCAGAUCAAUGAUAACCAGUCAGAUGCCUGUAUGUCUGGUAAAGUUGCUAAAAUCCUAAUCCUUGUUUCUUGCUAGAGUUGGUAUACAAGACACAUGACAUAAUAUCCUGUAUACUCAUAGCUACUGUAUAUCCUGUAAAAGUUUCUUUUUUGAAUUUUUGUGGCUGAGAAAGCAUCAAGGACAGAAAGCAUGCAAAGUUUCCCUGAAAUGCAAAUGAAGUCCUGAAAUUCUUAAUAUUUUGAACUAUUAUUAUUUAUAAUCUAUGAAUUUAAUCUUUUUAUAUUGGAAAAAUGUAUCUUUUUAUGAAAGGCAUUAAUACAGUUCUCUGAGCUUGAUCCCAGUUUAUUGGGGAAAGCAAGAGAUGUAGCACUCAGUGUAAAUGUCUGUCUGUCAGGUCUAAUCCAUAAGAUCCUAUCUGUACACCAAAAUAUUGGUCACUAAAGAAUUUUUUCUAUCUUGUUGGGAAAGAGGCAGGUGAAAGGGUCAGAGAUCAAGUGGCAAGAAUAUGGACUAGAUUAGAAAGGUGAAUGAUUACGUAACAGAAAACAGUACUAGUACCGGAGAGGGAAGGAUGGCUUCAGAUAGGAACAUACAUGUAAGAAGAACCAAUGGUGUUCACUUAAACCGGGGUGGGGAAUCCAAGGCCUGGGGACUGGAUGUGGUCCCCAGCUUGCCUGAAUCUAGCCCCAAAGGAUCACGGCCACCCCCCAACAAUGGGGAGCUUGCACUGGUGCUCCAGUCCCCCCACCAUCUACCCGUGGGCCUAGAGCACACAAUCUACUAGUCUGGGCCCCCCAAGGCUCUGGUAUGUAGAGGGAAUGUGCAGAAUGUCUUUCUCCUCAUUUGGGGGUCACCUCAGUGAGGGUUUUUUUUUUUUUUUGUUUGGUUUGUUUUGUGUGCGGCCCUCGACUGAUUUUUUUGGGAGUCAUUGCCCCCAACCCCAAAAAAGUUUCCCCACCCCUGACUUAAACAAUACCACACCAUGAACGCAGUGGAAGACACUAACCUUUGCACAUUCUCACACCAGCACGGAAGCUGCCUUGUCUUUUAAGCAAGAGAGGGGAGAGACUUACCCAAUGAAGUUCUAUUACACAGAGAAGACUAGUGUUUUUAUGUAUAUUUUCAUAUAAUACAGAAUGAGAAGGCAGUAUUGUGUGUGCACAAAAUGUUGCUGAAUGGGCAUUGUUUUACAUUUUUUUCCCUCCACUUAUACUAGAACUAAGCGUUAAGAUAGGAGAAUUAUCUUUCUAAACAAACAAGGGACUGUGCAGGGCUGAACGAUGUUACUCUAUGGUAAUCAAUUUUUUUUAUGUAUUUUAUGUAAUCAGUAUAAAUGGAAAUCUGAAGUCCCAAUGGUUUUUGUUCUUUUAGUUACAAAAAAUGGCAUUAUGUAGUCAGAGAAUUUGGGAUUUAUUGUAUCUGCUUUGGACAGUAAAACUUUUAAGGCCAAAUCUUCAACUGCUGUGUGUUCAGCCUAGCUUCACUGAAGCCAUGGGCUUGAUAGUGCAAUUUCACUGGGUGAUCCAAACCCUAGCAUGAUUCAGUCAAUAUUAUAAAUUAAAGUUCAUAAAAAUGAAUGUAAGCAUUUACUAGUAAGCUAAUAUUUUUUUUUGUCAUAAAAGAACAAAAGAUCCACAGAGCAGAAUUUUAAAGCUGGUGCCUACCUCUCCUAAUGUAUACUGGCGUCAGUCAGGAGAGGUGCAUGAAGAGAAUAGAGCCCAAAAACCUUCAAUUAGUAAAUUUUGUAAUUUUUUACAUAUUCCUGUGAUAAUAAUACAGCAGCAGAAUUGAAUGGAAAGGUGCUAGGUAACACAUUAUUGCUACUCUAAAACAAUUGCCGAUAAGUUAGGUCAAGUUUUUUUUCAUUCUGAACCAAAUGAUGGUGAAGAUUAAAGUAACUUUUUACACCAUAAUAUGAUUUGGUUUUUUUGCUACAAAGCGGAUUCACUGGAUCAUAUGUACUAACAUUUUCCCUCACCCCCACACAAUCUUAUUUGAUGUGAAGAUCUCCUUUCAAGGAGUUUUCUGACUUUAAAAACAGGCUGUGACAGAAGUAUAAGUGUUCAAAAGCAUAUGUCUUUGUAAUUUUUAUAAUAUUCACUAUUAUUUCAGUUUGUGAAAUUACAUUUAUUUUACUGAAUUCACAUUGUCUACUUGUCUAAAUACAGUAAAUAUGCAAGUGGGACAAUUGUAGUGUUGACCAUCACUGAGUGUGACAUACAUAAAUGUUGGGGCAGUGGAGUAAUAGGAUGUUAAUUACAACUUGUAUUCUGAUAACACUAUUAGAAUGUAACUGUUGGGGGGAGGUUGAUCAUGAGAACAAAUGCUGGUGUGUUUAGGGGGCUGGGAGAGUUUAAAAUGUCUUUUGAUAUGGGAAAAAUGGGUGAUGAAACAAACUGUUUCUUAAUACACUGCAUCCAUCUAUGUGCUAGUACUUUAACUUUUGUAUUUACUUUUUAAUUGUAUGUUAUGAUGUGUGAGCAAUUGUUUUUAAUUUAGGAUAUUUUGCAUACAGCUGGUAUGCAUCAGAAUCAAUCAGAUCCAACUAUUGUACCCAGAGUUUGGUUCUGGUUUUUAUGUCUUUGAUCUUAUACAAGAGAAAAAUAAAUAAAUGAAUUUAAAGCUUUUGGCUGCA